GUCCAGGGUAAUGUGGUUCUGCUUCAACAUAGUGAGCAAUGUCGAUGCUUGGCAGCGUGACGCAGCUCACUGGCACAAACCUGGAAGCUCAGAGGUGGCUCAGAAGAGCUUUAGACAUACUCGAGUCGGAACCAGAAGAGGCACUAGACCUUGCAAGGCGGGCCACAAGUGCUUUUGAUGCAGCAGCGGAACUGGAUAAUGCAGCUGAUGCAUCACGCUUAGUGGUUAGUGCGACCUUCAGUUCCGGAGACGUUGAGGCUGCCAUCAGCUUGGCCAGUGACCAACUUGAAGCAGCCAAGGGAGGUAGUCCACAAAUGCAGGCCUAUGCACACCUCAUGUGGGCAGAGCUGAUGCUUGCACUUGGCAAGACUGCUGCACUGAAGGAACAUGCGGGACAGGCCGCGCAGCUUUUCCAACAGCUGGACAAGAUGCCAUAUGUUGCCAAAUGCAAAGCCGCAAUAUUGCAAGCUUGCAUUCAGGAAUGUGACGGACUUGAAAGCGAACGAUUAGCCGAAGAGGUUCUGACCAUUUGGCAGAACCUUGGAGAUAAGGGCGGUACUGCGGUUGCCUGGCAUCUUCUUUCAGCUGCACGGUCUGUGGGUGGAGGCAACCUCAUGGAGCCGCUUGCGAAAGCCCUCGAUUUGUACAAAGAGCUUAAUUGGAAGCGGUACGAGGCCUCCGUGCUUUACAGCCUCUCAGAACGACAGCGCUUCCAACCUCACGGAGGAGCUGUGGCGCAAAGAACGGCGGAGGAGGCUGUGUCCAUUUGGAAAGAGAUUGGCAACUACAAGGGGGAGGCCACCGCCAUGACUGCAGUGGCCAAAGCAAUGAUUGUUCGUGGACUCACUUCUGAUGCCUUGCAGAUGGUGCAAACCCGCAUGCAGGAAUUACGCCAAGACAACAGGCUUUCGGCUCUUGCUCAAACAGGGCAGGGUUGCGUCACCGUGCUCCAGGAAUGCGGUGCGAAAGAUGAAGCGUUGGCAACAGCCGAAGAAGUCUUGGCAAUAACGCAGCAGCUGGGCAACAGGCAUGAAGAAGCCUGGAUGUUGAUCAAGCUCUCAGAGGUCCGUAGUGACAUGAAGCUCUAUGAAGAGGCGUUGCUUUGUGCCCAGGAGGCACAAACAAUCUUCCAAGAAUUGGGGGACCAGUGCGGUGAGGCAGAAGCCAUGAAAAGUCUGUCGCACAUCUAUACGGCCAAGAGAGAAGCCCACAAAUCCCCACAUCGUCAACGAGCACUUGAUUUGCUAAGUCAGUUUGCCACCUCCGUUGCCAACAAAGAUGUGGAAGGUUUUCAAAAGGCACUGACACAAAUGCGGCUGUACCAGGGUGUUGAUGGGCAAGAUGUCGCAGCCAGCCUUGGAAGCCUCAUGCAGGAUCCAGAGACAUACAAGUGGUACGUGGAAGCUUCGGCAGACUACUUUCAGGUGACCUUCGAAGAAGCCGAGUCCAUGGUUGGCCGUGCUCCAUUGAAUCCAAUGCAGCGUGCCAUUGGCCUGGACUCACGCGGUUUCGCUGGCGGAGGCAUAUACUUGUUCUUCCGCGUUGGUUCCAUGGGGUAUGGUCCGAGCUUUCGACCAAUCCAAGAGGGUUACAGACAGGGACGCUCUUAUCAAGCCGAACAAGGUGACCCACCAGUGGCACUUGCUGUCCUGCGGGAUGAGACCGUUGAAGAAUGGGAGCGCGUGGCCCUGUUGCAGGCACACGCUGGGGUGCUGGAUGGCGCUUUGCAAACGACCGCGCUAUAUCAUGGCCACGUCCAAGAAGUCAUCGAUGCUGUGGAACGCCACCAUAAACAGGUUAAGCUUGAGGCAUCAUAGAGCCAUCCUGUCGCUGAGACUUUGCGAAGUAAGCUCCUGUGAGCCCAUGAAUGAACUUUACGGGCCUGAUUCAGCCACGUCCGACCUUCCAUCACUUGUGAUAGAA